CUCAGUCUGAUAUUUAACUUAAAACAAUCAACAGCGAUUAGUUAUAAAGUUGGUGUUUACGGUCAAAAUGAGUUUCACUGGGAAGGUUGUAAUUGUAACAGGUGCAAGUAGUGGAAUUGGGGCUGAUGCGGCUCGACAUUUGGCAAAAUUGGGUGCAAAAGUGUCAAUUGUUGGUCGAAACGAAAAACGAGUGAAUGAAGUGGCUGAUCAAAUAAAGAAAUUUGGCGCACCAACACCACUUCCGAUCGUGGCCGAUGUGACAAGAGACGCGCAACGCAUCAUCAAUGAAACUGUCAAGCAUUUUGGUCGGCUUGAUGUUCUUGUGAACAAUGCUGGCAUCUUUAGAGCAGACAAUGUGGUACAGUUUGAUGUUGAGCAGUUUGAUAGUAUUUUAGAUACAAACCUAAGGAGUGUUAUUAUUCUAACGAAUUUGGCGGUGCCUCACUUGGAAAAGACCAAAGGAAAUAUCAUAAAUAUUUCAAGCGUAGCCGGCUUACGACCAUUUGACCUCUACACAUCAUACUGUAUUAGCAAAGCUGGAUUGGAUCAGUUCACAAAAUGCUCCGCGAUUGCAUUGGCACCGAAAGGAAUACGAGUGAAUUCGAUCAAUCCAGCCACAAUUCGUACCCCAAUUUUUGAACAGAUUGGAAUCAAUAAAUCGAAUGAGGAGCAAUUCUUCGAAGAACGUAGACAUGACUACUUAGUGGGCAGAGUUGGUGAGGUUUCGGAUACGAGUUCAGCCGUUGCUUACUUGGCUUCAGAAACAUUUUUGACGGGUCUGCUUCUGCCAAUUGACGGUGGCUUGAUGUGCUCGGGAAUUCGAACAAGCUUACCUGGACUAACGUAAAUGUGAAGCGUUUGAUGCAUCAAUUUUGCUUUAUGCUGAACAAGUCUUAAUAGUUUGAUUUCGCUUUUCUGCAUCAAAAGCAUCCUAAUUUUAUGCGGUGAAUAUACAAAUCAGCAAAUGUUCUCUUUGAAUGAUUGAAAUAAAAUUGUAAAACAUAAACGUAGAGUCUUAUUCAUUGGCUAU